UCAUCGCAUCGCAUCGCAUCGCAUCAUCAGUCAUCAGUCAUGUUACAUUUUUUUGUAUUUUGUAUUUGUAUUUUUUUCAAUUUUCUGUCUUGACUCGAACGUCAUUAGAUGAUCAGAGAACACAAUUUUUUUCUCUCGACCGUCGAAGGCAGAACAAAUACGGUACAGAUAAUAAAUUGCGUCCGUGCUACGAGUCGUCGUAACGCAGCUCGAAACCCGGCUAGGACACAGCAGAACCGUACCGCAACGAGAACCUAGCGCCCAUAUCAGACCGCAACUCAACGCAUUGCACCGCACUGAAGCAAGGGAUAACCAUGGGGGGCAACAACAAACAACACGAAUCGAACAACGACGGGGAGAACCGAGAACUGUCGGUGAUCGUCCGGAGGAGGCUGGCGCUGUACGAAGAGGAAACCACCCGGCUGCUACGUCGGGCCCACGGAUUGGCAAAGCAGAAAGACGACGAGGAACGCCGGUUGUACCAGCGAAGCAUUGGCGACAACACGGUUCCCGUCUUGCCGAAAGCGAGAGCGAAACCAACGACUCCCGGUACUGGAGCGUCGAACGGUGACGAAGCGAAGGACAUCGUUUCUGACAAUAGUUCUUCCGACGGUGGCGAUGGUUUCGGAUUGGCAACGAUCGAAUCCGAAGACGAAAGCGAAAGCGAAAAUAGCAGCAGUGACGAGGAGGACGAGGACGACGAAGGCAGCGACAACGAAAGUGGCAUCGUCGGUACCCCGUCGUCGGCGAUAGAAUCAACCAAAACGGCGACAACCAAGCCCCAAAAAACUGGGAAACUCUCGGGCAGGAAACAGAAGCGCCUGGGGCAGGACAUCAACAGACAUGCGGACAACUUGAUCCGAGUGGAUCUGCCCCUCCCUCCUGGCGACAGCGACGUCGACGAAGGGGACGGCAAUUCGACGUCUUUGUCUCUAUCGCCUCACCUCCACUUGUUUCCAGCCGCGGCACUCUUGCCCAACAACAAGCUCCUGGGACCUUUUUGCGCGAGUGAUCAAGCGGGCAUCGUUAGGGAUCUCUCGGAAACCAUGUCCUCGGAGUCUUGCGAAGACGGCCUCGUCGUGGUGCUGCUGAUCCAGAGCGGCAGGUUUGCAGGCGGUGUCUUUCGUCGCGGAAAAUGCCUGGCGCACAGGGCCACAACCCGGUACACCAUCCGAAAGGGGCAGGGGAAGGCGCAGUCGGUGCAGGACGGCUCUAGGCGGCCAAAGUCGAUCGGAUCCCAACUUAGGCGAGCGGGAGAAGAACAGCUCAACGAGGACGUCAAGCUGGCACUAACGGAAUGGACCAAAAAGAGAUACAUCGCCGACGCGAGCCUCUUAUUUCUGGCGUGUCCCAAAACGAUGCGGUCGACCGUCUUUUCUCCCUCCGACGCGAACUCGAACAGAGCUGGUGGCAACAAAAGCAAACACAAAACAGACGACUGCAUGCUGUCGAAAGACGACGAUCGGAUACGAAAGAUUCCCUUCGAUGUUGGCCGGGCAACCUUUCACAACGUGGAAGUGGUCUAUAAGGUGCUGAUGACUGUGGAUUUGUGUCACGUGCAAGAGCUCGGUUCGACGACGAGCGAACGACAUGCGAUUGAAUCCCAUGGUGUUUCCGUCACCACCGAAACGGCAGACAAAGACGAAAGCGCGCACGAUGAUUUGGAGGAAGAAAAACGAAAACGAAAAGAGAAGCUCGCCGCAGAUUUACCAAUGACUCCCCUCCAUGUCGCCGCUCGGGAGGGAAAUCUCACCGUCCUCUUGGAUCUGGUCCAUAAAAUCAACCACGGUGCCGAUGACUGUCCUGGCGUCGAUCAACCCGCAGGGUACAGCUGCUCGACACCCCUCCACUUUGCCGCGGCUGCCUCGAAGAACGUCGACCCCGUCACGGCCUCCGCAAUCAUAUCGGCCCUGUUGAUCCAGGCCCGUGCCGAUCCCACUGUUCUGGACGCCAGUGGUCGUCCACCGUACUUUCUGGCCGGCCACGACAAGAUCCGGGAGGGAUUUCGAAAGGCCAGAGCAGCCCUGGGCGAAGACUACUGCGACUGGGACAGCGCCGCAAAGGUCGGCCCCCCGCUGACAGAAAGCGACCUGGAGGCCAAGAAAAAGAGGGAGGCCGAGAAAAAACGCCGCAAGAAAGCCCGGCAAAAGGAAAAGAAGGAAAAGGACCGGGCCGCGGCGAGGGAGGCGGAAGAGCGCAGGGCGGCCGAGGAAGAGGCCAGGCAUACCGCGGAGGAAGCCAAACGGAUCCGGGAUCAGCUCCCGCCGAAGCCAACCGCCGCAAAUGCCUGUGAUUUCUGUGGGAAGAUCUGCAAGGGGAGGAACGCCAGCAAAAACAUGUUCCGGCGCCUGGACUACAAGUACUGCAGCACGGAGUGCGUCAACAAGCACAAGCGAGAACUGAUGGCGGCCGCCGCCAUGGCUCGGUUUGGAUGAACGCAACAGAAAAUAGCGCACGCUAUGUGUUAUAGUCUGGUUGA